GGAGGACAUGUUGACAGUCUCUAACCGGAAGUGCUGGGUGAGUAGCUGAAGUGGCACAGCUGUGAAAUCUCCGAGUGUCAGGUCUCUGUGUGUGGUGUUAUAGAGGACAGUCAUGUCCUCAGACCUGCUGGUGGAUCUGCAUGAUGAGCUGGGGGGAGACGAUUCUCCCAGUGCGGCUCUCGACCAGCUCAAACUGGUGCCAGAAAAGCAGUGGCCACAGGAUGACCCCGUCAGCGUCAGCAAGUCUGCUACAGAUAUUAAGAGUCUCAGUGAUGGAUCUCACAUGGCAUGGGAUGAUCCCUUUUAUGAUAUUGCAAGACAUCAAAUAGUGGAAGUGGCAGGUGAUGAUAACUUUGGCCGAAAAGUGAUAGUGUUCAACGCGUGUCGCAUGCCUCCGCAACAUCAGCUAAACCACCACAUGUUACUGAUGUAUCUGAAACAGACCCUGGAUAAGUAUGUGGAGAGUGAUUACACACUGAUCUACUUCCACCAUGGCAUGACCAGUGAGAACAAGUUGUCCCUCAGCUGGCUACGAGAUGCCUACCGCGAGUUUGAAAGAAAGUAUAAGAAGAACAUUAAGGCAUUUUACAUUGUUCAUCCCACCAUGUUUAUCAGAACUGUCCUCAUCUUCUUCAAACCACUGAUCAGCUUCAAAUUUGGCCGUAAGGUCCACUACGUGAACUACCUGAGUGAACUGGAGGAGAUAGUGAAGUGUGAUCAGCUUGUUAUUCCCAGUCGAGUCAGAGAGUAUGAUGAUAAAAUCCGUAUGAACCUGAAGCCGUCUGUGGUACCUGGCUCAAUUUCUCCUGCUCACAGCCCUCCUCUCCCCUUCCAGCAGUUCGGAGUGCCGCUUUCAGUGUUGAGAGACAGGGGUGCAGACUCGGACGGGAUUCCGCUGGUGAUGCGAGAUACCAUCACUUUCCUGCAGGAAAAGGGUCUGCAAACAGAGGGGAUAUUCCGGCGCUCUGCUAACGUGAGUCUGGUGAAGAACAUCCAACAGAAAUACAACUCAGGUGAGAAGGUGAAUUUCUUUGAGAUGGACGAUGUACACUUAGCCGCGGUCAUCUUGAAGACGUUCCUCAGAGAGCUGCCAGAACCUCUGCUUACGUACAAGCUCUACAAUGAUGUCGUCAACUUUCACAGCGUGGACAGUGCAUCUCAAGCUGUUACCGUCCGAAACAUGCUGAUGUCACUUCCUGAGGAGAACUAUGUAUCGGUGCGCUUCCUCGUACAGUUCCUCGCUCAGGUGUCGGCCGAGAGCGAGGUAAACAAGAUGACCAACACAAACCUGGCUGUGGUGUUCGGCCCCAAUCUGCUGUGGGCACAGGACGCCGCCAUGACUCUCAGUUCCAUCGGACCAAUCAACAACUUCACCCGCGUCCUGCUCGACCUGCACCAGGACGUUUUCAGCCAGUGAAAAACAGUGGCCCUGCCUCUGUAUAUAAAUCCACACCAUUGUACUUUUCUCCUUUGUGUUGCCAAAUUCAUGAGUGUGAUAAAUGAGUGAGAGUGGCAGGAAGGAAAGUGGCAGGUACAGGAUUUGAAGAGAGUGAGGGUGAGUUUUUCCAGGAUACUUAUAAUAUAUGUUCUUUUUUUUUUCUUUUUGGGGCAAUUUCAGACAAUCAGUAAUUUGUCUUUUCUGCUUAUCCUGUUGAGAUCACGUAGCUGUUAUCAUUGUCACGGUACUGGUCAAGCAGAGAAAUUUUACAUAACUUCUCUGCUCUCGGGCCAAAAUCAGUCACAUAUGCAUCCAUGUAUUUACAGAAGGCUCCAAAAGUCUGAGUCCACUACCAAGAAAUGUUUCAUUUGUCAAAACAAGUGUAGGGAUGGUAACACAGAGCAUGUGCAGAACUGAGAUGAGUCAAUAAGAGACGUUAGUCUCCUAAAUAAAUGGUGUCAUCAUUUGGAAAAAAUAAAACAAAGCAAAGAGGAUAUUCAGCUAUAUAUUGGUUUCAUACAAAACAUUUUUUAAAGAAAAUAAUUCAUACAUAAUUUUUUUAAGAAUCUAAUAGUUGUGGACUUUUGGACCCUAAUGUGAUUUGUAAAGAUCAGGUUAUCGGGGGAAAAAUACAGCUCUUUAUCGUUAGAUAUAUAAUAUACGCAUCUAGGUGGCUUACUUUUUAAGGUUUCUUUUUACGCGCUGGGGGAUUAUUUAGGUAAUUUUGACCUUUUUGUGUAGAUAUUACUUGAGGAUAAUUCAGAGUAUAAGCUUUUCUGUGCAAGAGAGAAGUCCUUUCCUGUAUCAGCCAUAGUCACAGCUAUGGAAAAGUAUAAAGCACUAAUAUUCAAACUUGAAACACUUUUUUCUUUUUUACCUUCAGAGGUUCUCAGUUAGUCUUUAUUUUUAUUACAUUUCUUAUUUGUAUAAUCUUUUCUACUGUAUUGGUGUUAUUGUAUACUUUUUUUCUAUAGUGGUCUGAUGCUGACUGAAGAGGAGACUUAAGGUUUUUUAAUGUCUGAAAUAGUUAUACCACACAACAUCUGCAUACUAUAUUUCACAUACAUUUGCUGUACAUUAUCAUAUGUAGUAGAGAUGAACGUGUGCUGAUUUGGAUUCAGUGUCUGGGUCUUGUAUUGAGUUGACAGCAAUCAUAAGGACAAGGGGAGCUGAUCCUAGAUCAGUCAGUACAGCUGGAACCAGAGCGUAGGCAUCAGUGUCCUGCGGUCAGUCACAUGGUUUCCCAGAGGCUCAGCUUAUUCUUAUUAAUGGUGAACAUGAUAAUGAUUAGAUUUUUUUGAAAUAUUGAAAGUGGCACUGACUGAAAACCACACGUCUGAGCUGUCUUGAACUUCCUCUUCUAAAACAUUUGAUCUUUUCUGUCUCUUCAGGAACAGAGAAGAAGUAAGUAGGUUUAUUUCAGUCAGCUGUUCAGUUGUAAAUCCUUAACAGGUUUACCCAAAAAUUGCUUUUUUUUUUUUUUUUUUUUCUUGAAAACUUGCCUUGAAUAAUCUUGUUAGCUGUUUUUUCAGUGUUCUAUAAAAGACAACAGAGCUGGAACACCUGGGACUCAGUAUUAAAUAAGAAACUUUUCCAUAUUCCAUAUCAUCCAUAUAUUAUCCUGUUUAUUCUCACACAGAAAAAAAAUGACAUGAAACAUUCCCUGUGUUUCCACGAACAUGAGCACUACACCUGCAUGCUGAGUACAGGGUGCUUUCUACUGAAAGGAACUGCCUUUAUUCUCUAUUUCAUUUCCACAGUAGUAGGGAAAGAUGGCUAAAUAUUUGCACAGUGGUUUGCUUUUUCUCAUGAAGUUUAAAAUCCAGUCCCUAGUCACUAUGUAGUGCACCAUUUUGUGAGUUUUGAAGUCUAGUGGAAAAUAUCCUGUGCAUUCAUGAAACCCUACAAUGCACCGCAAUAUGCAAGUGUCCAGAAGGUACAGAAUACCCAUAAUGCACUUUGCUGUUUUUAGGAAACAGAGCAGGACUCCACCCAUGCACACAUGGAUGAACAGGGUUUUACUUGAUCUCAGUGCAGUGUCAUAUGCCUCCAUAUUGAAAUGUAAUUGUUUACUGUGUAUGUACAUCAACCUCCAAUUUGUGUAUGUACAUUUUGGCAUAACAGUAGUUAAAACGUUCAGUGAACCUUCCCAAAGCCCAUGUGUUUGUGUGCCUUAUUGAAGUUUUAGCCAUUAGAUUAUGUUGUUAUAGAUUAUAGCCACUUGAGCCUCCUUCCUCUGCUCGGAUCUGUGAACUUUGUGCCUUUUUGUUGUAAAUCUCAACCCAGUGCCAUCCAGAUCACCUGUGCUGUGGAUAUCUGUAUUUCUACUUUCUAGGUGGAAAGCUGCUUUCUUCCGUGUGAAGGUUUUAGCUUCCGUCUUCACUGUUUGUGUAAUUCUUUUCAGAUCUACAGUACUUUUGUAAAUGUGGUAAUAAAUGGUAUAUGAGUAAUAAAAUGUAUACAGUGGUA